AUGGUGAACUACUAUCAAUAUGAACCUUCGCUGCCCGCGUCCAUUAUUUUCAUUAUCAUCUUCGCCAUUUCAUCAGCAACUCAUCUCUUCCAAAUCUUCAAGACAAGGACUUGGUUCUUUAUUCCAUUCCUGAUAGGCUCGCUCUUUGAAACCACUGGCUUCAUUGGCCGUGCCAUUGGCGCUGACCAGGCACCGAAUUAUACUUUUGGCCCAUAUGUUAUGCAGACUCUACUUCUGCUUCUAGGGCCGACGUGCUAUGCUGCGUCAAUUUACAUUAUCCUAGGCCGGCUCAUCCAGCUGUUAAAAGCAGAAAAGCAUUCCUUGAUCAGGCCCAAUUGGCUGACUAAGAUCUUUCUUCUUGGCGACAUAAUCUCUAUUGCGCUACAGGGAAUCGGUGGAGGAAAGCUCGUCAAUGCUGAUACCCCAGAUGACAAAACGACAGGAGAGAAUAUCAUCAUCGCCGGAUUGACGGUACAGAUUUUAUUCUUCGGUUUAUUCAUUACUAUGGCAGGCCUGUUUCACUUCCGAUUUCUCAAUUCCAAAGCUAGAACGUCUAGCCUUGAAACCAACGGGCAGAGGUCUUUGGUAGUGAUCUACGUGGCAAGCGUGCUAAUCCUCAUCCGUUCUCUCUUUCGUAUGAUUGAAUAUAUUGAAGGGCAUGAUGGGGAGCUGCAAUCCAAGGAAGUCUACGUUCUCGUCUUGGAUGGUAUCCCGAUGGUCAUCGCAAGCAUCAUGUUCAACGUUCUCCACCCCUCGAGAUUCUUGGACAUAAGUUCAAAGGAUGUCACCGAUUCAGAGGCCGAAGCUCCUCUGAGCUUAUGGCAGGACCGUUCAUUGGGAACAGUCGUGGGUAGAGGGUCAGAGGCUACUAGCAGCAGAUAG